ACUUCCUGCCUUGUGACCACACACUUGGGCUUGACAAAGCUGUUCUGCAGAUCAGAAAGAAGGGGAUUUCUGGUCGCACACCAGUACAACCAAGGACAGUUUCCACAAGAUCUGUUACAUACAGCAGUAAAAAAUGGCCAGAGGAUCAGUGUCCGACGAGGAAAUGAUGGAGCUCAGAGAGGCUUUUGCCAAAGUGGAUACGGAUGGCAAUGGCUACAUCAGCUGUAACGAGCUGAAUGACUUGUUCAAGGCUGCCUGCUUGCCUCUGCCUGGGUACAGAGUAAGAGAGAUCACAGAAAAUCUGAUGGCUACAGGUGAUCUGGACAAAGAUGGGAGGAUCAGUUUUGAUGAGUUUAUCAAGGUUUUCCAUGGCCUGAAAAGCACAGAGGUUGCCAAGACGUUUAGAAAAGCAAUCAAUAAGAAGGAGGGCAUUUGUGCCAUUGGUGGAACCUCAGAACAGUCUAGCGUCGGCACCCAGCACUCCUACUCAGAGGAAGAAAAGUAUGCCUUUGUCAACUGGAUAAACAAAGCCCUGGAAAAUGAUCCUGACUGUCAGCAUGUCAUCCCAAUGAAUCCAAACACCAACGAUCUCUUUAAUGCUGUUGGAGAUGGCAUUGUCCUUUGUAAGAUGAUCAACCUGUCAGUGCCAGACACAAUUGAUGAGAGAACAAUCAACAAAAAGAAACUCACCCCUUUCACCAUUCAGGAAAAUUUGAACUUGGCUCUGAACUCUGCCUCUGCCAUCGGGUGCCAUGUGGUUAACAUAGGAGCUGAGGACCUGAAGGAGGGGAAGCCAUAUCUGGUCUUGGGACUUUUGUGGCAAGUCAUCAAGAUUGGGUUGUUUGCUGACAUUGAGCUCAGCAGAAAUGAAGCUCUGAUUGCUCUUUUGAGAGAAGGAGAGAGCCUGGAGGAUUUGAUGAAGCUCUCACCCGAAGAACUCCUGCUGAGGUGGGCUAAUUACCACUUGGAAAAUGCAGGCUGCAACAAAAUCAGCAACUUCAGCACUGAUAUCAAGGACUCAAAAGCUUAUUACCACCUGCUUGAGCAGGUGGCCCCGAAAGGAGAUGAAGAAGGUAUCCCUGCUGUGGUUAUUGACAUGUCAGGACUCAGGGAGAAAGACGACAUCCAGAGGGCAGAAUGCAUGUUGCAGCAGGCAGAGAGGCUGGGCUGCCGGCAGUUUGUCACAGCCACAGAUGUGGUCCGGGGGAACCCCAAACUGAACUUGGCUUUCAUCGCCAACCUCUUUAACAAGUACCCUGCCCUGCACAAACCAGAGAACCAGGACAUCGACUGGGGGGCUCUCGAAGGUGAAACAAGAGAAGAGCGGACGUUCCGGAACUGGAUGAACUCACUGGGCGUAAACCCUCGAGUGAAUCAUUUGUACAGUGACUUAUCAGAUGCCCUGGUCAUCUUCCAGCUCUAUGAAAAGAUUAAAGUCCCAGUUGACUGGAACAGGGUAAACAAACCGCCAUACCCCAAGCUUGGGGGCAAUAUGAAGAAGCUUGAGAAUUGUAAUUAUGCAGUGGAAUUGGGGAAGAAUCAAGCUAAGUUUUCCCUAGUAGGCAUUGGUGGGCAAGAUCUCAAUGAAGGAAACCGCACUCUGACGUUGGCCUUGAUCUGGCAGCUAAUGAGAAGGUACACACUGAAUAUCCUCGAAGAUAUUGGUGGUGGGCAGAAGGUCAAUGAUGAUAUUAUCGUCAACUGGGUGAAUGAAACACUGAAGGAAGCAGAGAAAGGUUCAUCCAUCUCUAGUUUCAAGGACCCGAGGAUUAGUACAAGUUUUCCUGUUCUGGAUCUCAUUGAUGCCAUCCAGCCAGGUUCCAUUAACUAUGACCUUCUGAAGACAGAAAACCUGAAUGAUGAAGAGAAACUCAACAAUGCAAAGUACGCCAUCUCUAUGGCCAGAAAAAUCGGAGCAAGAGUGUAUGCCCUUCCAGAAGACCUGGUUGAAGUGAACCCCAAAAUGGUCAUGACAGUGUUUGCUUGCCUCAUGGGGAAAGGGAUGAAGAGGGUGUAAUGCCCGGAGGGGCGGGGCAGACAUCAACACACUGAAUCCUGAGGUCCCCACACAGGAUGCUCCCAGGAUGCGUGAGGACCAUUCCAGCCAUUCCAAAGUUUUCAGCCUGGUGACGUCAUACAGCGUUCCAAAGAGUGCGCGUUCACCCAACCGAGCAGCCACUCCUGCACUUAACAGAAAAUGCUUGCUUUUUUUCUUUUGCAAAAGACCUUACCUCCUAUAAAUAUCUUUUAUUCUUAACUUUUUUCUUCUUUGAAAAUCUAAACAAAAUAAAAAGAAGUUAUUUUCUAGGCACUCUUUCUGUUUUUGCAGUUAGGAUAGAGACUGUAGUGUUAACUUUUGACCUAACCUUUCAAACUGGUUUCAUUUGGCUACCUUUUUCUUCAUUCAGUGUAAGGACCAGGAAGAGGGGACCAUGAACUUUCCUGUCACCUGUUCACUGAGGCCAGUAAUAAGUCUUUGACAAGCCUCUCUCCACUCCUUUUUCCUUGUCUCCUCGGGACUAUGCCCCACUCCCUCUCAGUGCCUGCUCUGUGGCCCACUUCUCCCUGGUGUCCUCCUUGGCCGCCGGGCGCAUCCUGAUGAGUUAGUCAGGCUGUUGAGGAGCCAGGAGUCUCUGGUAGCUACAGAAGUAAACCUCAACAUCAGGGCUUUUCUUCAGAACCAAGCUCCCAAGUGUCAUCAGUUUUCAGUUUUUCAUCCAUUAAGAAGCCUUUUGUUUUUAAAUCUAGAAUUUAGACUCAGACCAAAUCUAGCACCUUGAAUAACCUCAGGUAGAUAGUGAUUGUAAAGUGUGAUAGAAAAGAAAGCCACGAAGGGGCAGGGCAGAGCUAUCCCUAAGCACCUGUCCUUUGUGGUGUUGCCUGUCUGUGUACUUACUUAGUAUUUAGCCCUGCUUAUUUGAAGUAAUUAUUGUGAUAUGGCUAAAUACCUGGUGACAUUUGGAAGCAGUUCUGCUCAGCUUUCAUUUGCUCUUUGAUGUCAGCAUAUGCGAUUGCUGCCAGGCCAUAUGAUCAAUGUUUACCUUUUUUGGUACUGCAAAAGCUUUUUGCCACCCCUUUGCUCUAGGGGGUAAUAUGUGCCAAUAUAAAUAGCACUCCUGCACCCAUCCCCACAUACUGCUAGCCAGAAGUCAAGGGUAGAAUGAAUAUAUCCUGGAUAAGAACUGCCUUUGUUGCUUUAGGAAGAGCUAAUUAUCUCAACCCUUAAAGAAUUUCAAGCAAAGCUAGAAGAAUGUACCAAAGGCUAAAAAUGCAACAGAGCUUUGUGAACCAACACUAGACUGCCUGUGUCACGGUAAAUGGGGUCGUUAAUGAGGUAUCUUCUUAGGGAUCGUAUGUAAUGGAACUUAGCCAUUUUUCAAAGCAAUUGCAAUGCGUUGUCCUGGAUCCAUUCCUUGGCAGUGGGCUCAGGAAGCUAAUAUAUUGCUCCUUUCAGCUCAUAACCAAUAUUUCUGCAUCUGAAUGCAAAGUGGUUGGCUUUGACUUUAGUCUGAACUUCAUAUAGCCCUGGGUGAUUUUCCCCCAUCUGCCUUCAGGAAAGCAGAAUGUUAUUGCCUUAAUGGAAAAUGAAGAUUAAAAUAAUGCUCAAAAUCUUUCCAAAUAAAAUGUUCCCAAGAUUGA